GGUAUCGUAUAUCGCCCGUAUUGACUGAGUGUUUUUAAUUUUGGAAAGGUCUUAUUGCCUAAUUCAUGAAAGAAUAAUUGAGGCAUGAAAAUGUGGAACGACUUAUUGUGAGUAUCAGCGAUCUUUCAGUAUCUUUCGGGUUCUCUUAUGUGUAAGCAGUGGGCCGUUAUGCACUGCUCAUUAUUGAAGUAAAUCAGCGUGGUACGAUUGUCAAACACAACGUAAUGAACAAUGCCCGAAUGACAAUGGCUGCUUUCAGUAUUACGCCUCGUGCCGUUUUCCUUCACCAUGAACAAAGUCAGAAAACCUGAGAGAAAAUGAUCAUCGAAGUCGCACCCAUGUACAUUUUCAACGGCCCACUCACACUUCCUGCCGCCAAGGUUAUUUAUACGCAUGCGUGCAUAAUUAUGAAUUUAUAAGGGAAGAGGUCUUUUAAUAGUGAACGUGCAAUGCCCUAAAAAAAAAAGCAACGAGAGCUCACGUCAUCGUCUGGUUGGAUCAUUUAUUGCCAUUCCACUCCCAGAUUUACAUAGGUGAAGGUAACGCGUCAUUCUAGUACUCUAAAACCUUUGGAACAAUCUGUCUAAGAGUUGCCAUGUACUUGCUCAAAAUUGUUGCCAUUGCAGCCAUCACUGCAGCGAUCAAUGCUGCAUGGGGGUCAGCCUUCUGUCCCUCUCUGCCUGCUAUGCACUGUUCCUGCCCGUCAGGGUGGCAACUGUGGAGGAAAGCGUGCUAUCGCCUCACUGAAACAAAGGUUGACUGGGAGAGCAGCAAGUCAGCUUGCCGAGAGAUGGGGGGCAAGAUGGCUGCUCCUCGCAAUCUAACGGAAAUGAAGUUCAUGGCAGAUUUGGCAAAAAAGAAUGACGGCAGGUACUACAUCUGGAUUGCUUGCAAUGACAGCGAAGUGGAAGGAAACUGGAUGUGUGACGGCCAGGAAGGGAGCAAGCCGUUCAUGGGAUGGGGACCUGGGCAGCCGGAUGAUGCUGGAGGGAAUCAAGAUUGUGCUACAAUAGCUGCUGCACAUAACGACAGUAUGGAUGACAAUAACUGUGAUUAUACACUUUACGCCGUUUGUGCUCGUCAGGCUAACUGCACGCGUCACCCAAACCAACCGCGUCACUACUGCUUCUCUACCGACACCCACGGCCGCAUUCUCAACUCAACCUGCCUCCUCGGCCACGUUAUCCGGGAGUUUACCACCGACAGCGUCAGCGCCUGUGGCUCGUCCUGCGUCGAGGAGCCCGGAUGUCGCUCUUUCAACAUCAAGAAAAACGGAGGAGGGAAGAAACUUUGCCAGCUGAACAACAGCACAAGCUCCGAAGACAAGGACAUGUUCCAAGGCACCGGAGAUUUCUGUAUCUACUCAGAAGUUUGCAUUGACUAGAUUUGGACUGUCUUGGAAAGUCGUCAAUGAUGCUUAACUUGAACCUAUAGAAACCAAUUUCGUUUUGGCUGUUCAUCAUUGAAUUUAUUUUGACUUCUAUUUGGAAAUUUGGCAAUGUCAUCAGGAACCCAGCGUUUCGGUUUAGUGCUGAAAGAAAAGAGAAAGUGAGGCGAAAUAAUGAAGUAGAAAAGUACUUAUUUUCUAUAAAUGAAUAUAGCUGGCUCAUUGUUGUGUUUCUUAGAUAUAAAUUAAAUUGUUAUGAUUCCGGAUCGAAACGUUGACUCUAUUUUAUUUUCAACAUGUUGUGUUAAACUAGCUCAAAAACUAUAUAUGACGAGUUUUGCCCUUACCCAACGUGUAUUAAUAAGCACUGUAUGCUCAGUGCUUGUCCGAGAGCUUGC